AUGUCAUAUUCACGAGAUGAAACAGGCUUGCAAGCUUUGAUCUUGUGUGGCUCUGGGACAUCGUUUGAUACUUUGCUAAAGCCAGAAGGAACCCCCAAAUGCCUAGCCUUGGUUGCCAAUCGCCCAAUGGCUUACUAUCCAAUGAACCUCUGUAGAAGACUCGGAGUUACAGAUGUCACCCUUGUUACAUUUCCAUCAGCCGUCGCGCCAAUCAAAGCUGCUUUACAGCAUGAUCCUUUCGUGGGUUCUUUUCCCUCAGCGAAAGUCCUUGCCCCUCAAGAUCUUGAAGAAACAACAUCAACUGCACAAAUAAUUCGUCUCCCUGAGGUCCAAGAUUGUAUACAGGGCAACUUUCUUCUUCUUCCUUGUGAUCUUGUCUGUGAGCUCGACCAACGCUUGCUAGAUUCAUGGGAUUUGUCGCAAUUUCAAAGCCCACAAGAGCUAAAUGCAGGUCUUGGCUUGUACUAUCAAACCGAGGCUGGCAUCAAAGAUGAAGUCUCGGACCUUGUAGCCGUGGCACCAUUUGAACAAAGUGAGAUGCCUGGAGCAGCAAAGUACAAGCUAUCGAGGCUGGUGAUGUCCAUGGGAAUGGAUUCCACCAAGGCAAGAUUGGAACAGGACAAGGCAUUUCUUGUUCGAUAUUCUUUGACAAAAAAGCAUCAAAGAAUCAAGAUCAUGACUGACUAUCGUGAUGCACACCUCUAUUUCUUCCCUCACUGGGUAAAACAUCUAGUCAGGCACCAGGAAAAAAUAGCUUCAAUCAAGGAAGACCUCAUCGGUCUUUGGGUCAAGGCUCAAUGGCAGCAAGGUCUAGCUGAAAAGCUGGGAAUGGACAAAUGUCGGAGUCCCCAAGAUUCACACCAAUGGAUCAGUGGUCAAAGCAUGAGCUCUACCGUCUACCAAAAGCCACAAACUAACUCGCUGGGUUCCGAAUCAUUCCGAGUGGAGAUGCCACCAUUUAUGGCAUGUCUCCUAGAAGAAGGCACAGAGCUGGUUCGUCGUGUUGAUAGCCCUGCUCUCCUCUUAUCCACAUCUCUGCGUCUCGCCAAACUCGAAUCGAUCGAAACGGCCAAAGAUGUGAGCACACGAUCUCCAUUUGCUCAUGCACACAAAAUCACCUCCCCUGAUGGCAUAGCUCAGCGUUCUUUCAUCUCGAGGGACGAUUGCUUGCUUGCAUCAAAUGUGGUUGUUGAGAAAGGCUGCUCUAUCAAGGAAACUUGCAUAGGGCCAGGCUCGAAGAUAUGCAGUGGUGCUCGGCUCACUCGAUGCGUUGUGCUUGAGAAUGUCAUAAUCGGUGCUCGUUGUGUCCUGGUGGGGUGUGUGAUUGGGAAUCGGAGCUCGGUCGGGAGUAACUCGACGCUUAAUGACUGCGAGGUUCAAGAGGGAUUUACCGUGCCGGAGCGAACAGAGGCUAAGAAUGAGAUCUUUACACCUCUUCUGGAAGAUCUCUUAGAUAAUAUGUAG